AAUAAGCAACAAAACUAUUUUAUUCAGUCAACUCAAAACUGCAAAGCUAGAGAGAAAAGGGACUCACCGCACCAUAAUCAACGAGACAACGACACUCGGUCCUCUGCCGCUCUCGCUUCUUCUACUUUCUCCCGUGAACGGAAGUAGCCGACGUGGAAGCCAGAGCAAAACGGCGGGGGAAAUGAGGUAAGAAACUAAAACCAUGAACGGAAGAGCUCCCCGCCUCCCCUUCGCCACCUCCAUCGCCGUCGCCGUGCUACUUGUCGCCGGUCUCCGCACCGUCUGUGGCGCCGCGUUCGAUGGAGACUACUCCAAACUGUCGGGAAUCAUAAUCCCCGGCUUCGCAUCCACUCAGCUCCGAGCCUGGUCCCUGCUCGACUGUCCUUACUCUCCUCUCGAUUUCAACCCUCUCGACUUGGUCUGGCUCGACACCACCAAGCUUCUUUCGGCGGUGAAUUGUUGGCUCAAAUGCAUGAUGCUUGAUCCUUACAACCAAACAGAUAACGCUGAGUGCAAGUCGAGACCUGAUAGUGCUCUCUCUGCGAUUACUGAACUUGAUCCAGGUUACAUUACAGGUCCUCUGUCUUCUAUAUGGAAAGAGUGGAUUAAGUGGUGCAUUCAAUUUGGUAUCGAGGCAAAUGCAAUAAUUGCUGUUCCUUACGAUUGGAGGUUGUCUCCAUCGAUGCUUGAGGAGCGAGACCUCUAUUUCCAUAACCUCAAAUUGACCUUUGAAACUGCCUCAAACUUCGUGGUGGACCUUCUUUAGUAUUUGGCCACUCAUUGGGUAACCUUGUAUUCCGUUACUUUCUGGAGUGGCUUAAGCUUGAAAUUGCUCCGAAACAUUACAAUCAAUGGCUGGAUGACCACAUCCAUGCCUACUUUGCUGUUGGAGCUCCUCUUCUUGGCUCACCCGAGACAGUGAAAGCUACUCUUUUUGGAAACACAUUUGGGCUUCCUGUUUCUGAGGGAACAGCUCGAUUAAUGUUCAAUUCUUUUUCUUCUUCAUUGUGGAUGAUGCCACAGUCAAAGUAUUGUACAUCCGAUAAUCCAUAUUGGAAACAUUUUUCUGGAGGAUUCAGAAAGAAAAAUCAAACCUAUCACUGUGAGGAGCAAGAAUAUCGAACAAACUACUCUGGAUGGCCAACCAACUUGGUCAACAUAGAAAUCCCUUCUAUUCCUGGGUUUGAUGCCUAUCCAUCACUCCAAGAUAUGCUCGAAACAAACUUCUCGGCCUUGGAAUGUGGACUCCCUACUCAGUUAUCUUUCUCAGCUCAUGAAGUUGCAGAUGGAACACUUUUCAGAGCCAUAGAGGACUAUGAUUCUGACACAAAGAGGCUAUUGUACCAGUUACAGAAGUCAUACCACGGUGAUCCUGUUGUUAAUCCACUUACACGCUGGGAUAGACCUCCUAUUAAAAAUAUUUUCUGCAUCUAUGGAAUAGAUUUGAAGACGGAGGUUGGUUACUAUUUUGCACCGAGUGGCAAACCUUAUCCAGAUAAUUGGAUCAUAACAGAUGUUAUUUACGAGAUUGAAGGAUCCCUCUACACAAGGUCUGGGAAUCUGGUUGAAGGGAAUCCAGGGGCUACAAGUGGGGAUGAGACAGUACCAUACAAUUCCUUAUCACUAUGCAAGAGUUGGCUUGGAUCAAAAGUGAACAUGACAAGGGCUCCUCAGGCCGAGCAUGAUGGAUCUGAUGUACAAGUAGAACUGAAUGUUGACCAUCUCCCUGAAGAUGAUAUAAUUCCCAACAUGACACGGUCUUCAAGGGUAAAAUAUAUUACAUAUUAUGAAGAUUCCGAAAGCAUACCAGGAAAGAGGACAGCAGUUUGGGAACUUGAUAAAGGUCGGUUUAUGGCUUCUGUUCACUUCGGCUUGGAAUAUGAGGGGUAUUUCAUUUUAUAAUAUGGAACCCGGAAAAGGACAAGGAAAGAAUAACGGAACCAUAUUAUCCUCAAACCAGUAAUUCAUGACAUGUCAAGUACUGAUUAGUAACUCAAACUAUCCUUCUGUAGCAAAUCAUAGGAACAUCGUUAGAUCUCCGGUUUUAAUGCGGGAGCUGUGGCUUCAGAUGUGGCAUGACAUCCGUCCUGAUACGACAUCGAAAUUCGUUACAAAAGCAAAACGAGGUCCUCUAAGAGACGAUGACUGCUACUGGGACUAUGGGAAAGCUAGAUGCGCUUGGGCGGAGUACUGUGAAUAUAGAUACAUUUUUGGUGAUGUUCACCUGGGACAGAGCUGUAGAUUGAAGAAUUCGUCAGCCGAGACACUCUUGAAUUACCUUUAAGGCUAUAUGGAUUUAUUAGCAUAGCAAUCCCCACCGAUCAUUGUACACAAUUGUACAAUAAGCAGCCCUCUUGCUGGAGGAGCAGCUGGGUACUUGGGUUGUGCGGAAGUUCCAAAAUAAAGUACAUUGCUCUUCAACACAAGCCUUCCAACAACCCUUGGCAUCACAAACGCCGAGGUUUUGAUGCUCGUUUUCCCCUGUAUCCAUACAGAUGUGAAUUCAAUCCAGACUUGGACCUGCUGUUGCUUCAACUGAAAUAUCUAGGAUUCAAAGCCGGUCCAGGUCAGAGAACUCAACAUCUACCUCAUGAGAUAGCACUGGAGCAUUUUUUUUACCGUCUUCGAAAAGCAAUUUCUUGGCUAGUUAACAAAAAAACAGAAGUAACUUUGGGUAAAAAUCUGUAACCGUCAAAUGUGAACAUUGAGCAUCUGCGACAAGCUGAAGUGUGAGUUUGGAUUUGUGGUAGUUUUCUUCUAAUAGGUCGCCUGUAGUAAGCCAAAUUUGGGAUCAGAACAAUGUGGUAGCCAGUCAUUGAUCAUCCUUCAACAAUCGCUCUGUAAUAUUGGCUCCUUUAAUGUCACAUUAGAUUACAACACAUGCAGAACGAAGAUGGAAGCAGAGACUGUUCCCAAGAAAAACAAAGAAGCUACAACUGCUGCAAUCCGUUCGAUGGAGUGAUGGACAAUCACAAAUUCACUCCUUAUUGCAACACAACAGCAUAUGGCCAGAGAAAAAGGGUUCCAUUGCGGCGGAGGAAGGGGCUAGGUUAAAGGGUCUUUUUGAUUUGGAAGCAGUACUUGAGCUCCAGGUGACAUCUUUUGUCAUCGUCUUCAAACUGCCGGAAACAAAAAAAGAGUUGGACUGUACUCGUUGUACGUAAGAUGGAUGCAUUUCAGGAAUCAGGACUGACCUUAAGCUUAGCGGAGUAAGUCCCGCGAGCUAGAAUACCAGACGGAGUGGUCUCCUCCUCCAAAGUAUGCACGUAUGGCUCACGUUGAGGAGCAAAAGUACCCAGCAUUCUUUUGUUCUGAUCAACUGCAUUUCCCCCCGUCAUGUUAGUUCAAAAUAAUCAUGUCAAUCGAUCUACUUUUGAGCGUAAAGAAACCAGACCGAAGAUGGAAAGAGGGGGGAGAGAGAGAUGGGCUGUGUUGUUGUGCACCUUGAAUCCCUGACUUCCACACUGUAUUUGAGUAGGUCAAACCGGAGACAAUGUUGUGAAGAACAGUAAAGGUGAACUUGAGUUGAUACUGAGACCCUUCCCUGAGAGUGAAAAGCAGGCGACUUGAGCGGCUCUCAUUCUCAUUGGCAACGAUAGGCAAUGGUGUAGUUACUUCCCCAAAAUCGCUGCACAUUAUGCCUAUGGAAUGGAACCUAACUUCCGCCUCUGUUUCGCCUGGCAAACCGAAAUAGCAGCAUAUAUCCGAGUGAACGAUAUGGAAACUGGAAUGCCUGAAGAGCAGAUAUGCAAAGACAAAGCAAAGCUAAAGGCUCCUGUUAGGUCGAAAUCGUUACCGUUCAAUUCGCCGCUGAUGGAGCCUAGCAGCUUCUCUUUCCACCUUCUCAAGCUGUCGUCAUCCUGCGUGCGGAGUUAAGUCACACAAGACUCAUUCCUGUUACUCUAUCUUGACAGCUUUAUAUUACCAUAAAAGGAAACAAAAGUGCUGAUGCUCUCGACAAAACAAACAAGGGGAAAACAGGGGAAGGAGGGGAAAACAGGGAGGAGAAGAAGAAGGAAGCAGAGACCUUGUCCUUGUCAAUCUGUUCCUUGAGGGAGAGCAGAGGCCCAGGGACGAACCCACUGCUACUGGUAGUAGUAACAAGAGGAGGAGGAAUGUGACGAUGAUCAUCACCGUCGCCAUUAUUAGCAUCCUCCAAUCUGUCCUCUAAGUCGUCGCCGUCAUCAUCAGGAACAGGAGGAGGUUCUUCUUCUUCUCCAUUUGAUGGCUUGACAGCGGCAUCUGCAUCCGACAACACAUUAUUGAUCUCCUUUCCUUGUUUCCGCUCUUCAACGGCGCCACUACAAGUACUAGUACUGCUUCCACCUGCUGCUGCUGUUGAACAAGGACCAGCUUCUGGUGCUGUCUUCUUCCCACUCUCCAUUUCCCCUGCCUUAACUUCUUUUUGUUGUUUGCCUGGGUACGGAGCAUAAAAAGAUGGGAACUUUUCUGGGGGGAAAGGAAGAGCUAUUAGGACUGUUCAAAAUUUUGGGAACCCCAGAACAGAGGGAAAGAGAAAGGUCACGAGAGGAAAUAAAUGGUGGGAAAGGGAGGGAGAGAGCGAGAGAGAGAGAGAGAGAGAG